CACUGCCAUGGAAAGAAGGGAUCCAGGAAAGAAAGACCCUUCCCUGAGAUGGGGCUUUCAUUUUAGAGCUCUUUAUGCUGGACAGGGCAGAUGUUAUUCCUGUUUCACAGACGGGGAAGCUAAGCCUGGAAGCUCCAACCCCAGGAGGAACCUACCCAUCAACCUGAACCAUUAUGCCACCAAGAAGAGCGUGGCAGAGAGCAUGCUGGACGUGGCUCUCUUCAUGUCCAAUGCCACACGGCUGAAGGCCGUGCUGGAACAGGGGCCCUCCUCUCAUUACUACGCCACCCUGGUCACCCUCCUCAGCAUCUCUCUGCUCCUGCAGGUGGUCAUCGGAAUCCUCCUCAUGGUCAUUGCGCGGCUGAACCUGAACGAGGUGGAAAAGCAGUGGAGACUCAACCAGCUCAACGACGCCACCACCACGUUGGUCUUCAUCACAGUGGUCAUCAACGUUUUCAUCACAGCCUUCGGGGCACAGAGGACUGGGUUCCUGGCUGCCAGGGCUUCAAGGAAUCCUCUCUGAACACAGCCUGGGACCCAGGUACAGGCCCUGGACCUGCCUCUGCCUCCUCCCUCCUUCACCUGCCAGGCUGACGGGCACUCUCCACAGCCCCUGGCAGAGCUUCUCGAAGGGCAGCGUAGAAGCCCUUGCUUCCUACCCACAGCACCUGAUUCAGAUGUGAUACUUUACUGGUCUAAGUGAACUCCAUCUUGGUCUGGAGUCCUGAGCUCAUGCUCAGGUACUGGCAACCUUUCCCCCCUGGCAGCAUCUCCUGGACCUAAGGC